GCCACUUUAAGGUACAGAAAUAUUCCCAUUGUGAGCUGUUUAAGUCCACUACAUUUAUCUACAUCAGUUAUAUGUAGUUUAAAUUCAUCAGGAUCAGUUGUUUUUCAUACUGAAGCACAUUUUCUGAAGUUAUUUGUCUUUUACUAAGUUGCGUUUUGACUUCAGUGGGGGUUUGGAGAAGCUCCAACAUAAACAAGAAGACACCACAGGGGAACCUGGAUCACCACUGUCUCUGUGAAACUCAUCUAAGACAAAUUAAUGUGUUGACCUGGAUGAUGACUAACAAGUGCUAAUCAAACUAAAUGACUUUGCUGCCAUCUGAAACUGGGAGUCCAGCCUAGUUCCUCCAAACGCGCGCUGUGUUUGCCUCUCUCCGUCUCUCCAGUAGGUGAGUCAGGACUUCAUGUCCCAGAGAUCUCGGCAUCAGUCAACCUGGAACCAGGGCUUGGAUAACAUGGCAGCGCCGUCUGGUAACACACGCGGGGUUAUGGAGCGGUCUAUCCGGGACCGGGCCCCCCCGCUGCUCACGGAUCUGUACCAGUUCACCAUGGCGUACGCGUACUGGCGGGCCGGCCGGCACCAGGAGCCCGCCGUGUUCGAGCUCUUCUUCAGGGACAAUCCGUUCGGCGGCGGCUUCUCGCUUUUCGCCGGACUGCACGACUGCCUGCUGUUCCUGCGGAGCUUCCACUUCACGGACGAAGAUGUGGAGUUCCUGCGCUCCGUCCUGCCCCCGGCCACCGACCCAGACUUCUUCAAAUUCCUGCGAGGCCUGGACUGCUCCGGCGUCACACUCCGCUCCGUCCCAGAGGGAACUGUGGUGUUUGCGAGGGUGCCUCUGAUGGAGGUGGCAGGUCCACUGGCUGUGGUUCAGCUGCUGGAGACCAGUUUACUGUGUCUUGUUAACUACGCCAGUCUGGUGUGCAGUAACGCUGCACGUUUCCGACUGGCGGCCGGUCCCAGCAGGAGGCUUCUGGAGAUGGGCCUCAGGAGGGCUCAGGGACCGGAUGGAGGGCUCACCGCCUCGCGAUACACACACAUUGGAGGGUUCGAUCUCACCAGUAACGUUCAGGCUGGUUUCCUGUUUGGGAUCCCUGUCGCAGGGACGAUGGCACACUCGUAUGUUACUUCCUUCACCUCCCUGGAGGAGGUCUGGCCACAAACUCUAGUGGCACUGAACGGGGACCCCGAUCCCGUCGACUUCAUUUCGUUGACGAAGGGCUGGCUGAGUCGCGUGUGUGAGCUCCUGAGGGCGGAGCCUGGGAAGAUCCGCGAGGGCGAGUUGGCUGGCUUCUUGUCCUACGCCAUCACCUACCCUCAGAACUUCCUCCCUGUGAUCGACAGCUACAGUGUUGGCUGUAGUGGGCUGUUGAACUUCUGCGCUGUGGCCUUGGCGCUGUGUGAACUCGGCUACAGGCCUGUAGGAGUUCGUCUGGACAGCGGGGACCUCUGCAGGCAGUCGGUUGAUGUUCGACGUGUGUUCAGACUCUGCAGAGAGCAUUUCUCCACCUCUGCCUUCGAUUCGCUGAUCAUCGUUGGGACCAAUAACAUCUCAGAGCAAAGCAUGGACGAGCUUAACAAGAUGGAGAACGAGAUCGACGUGGUCGGUGUUGGAACACAUCUGGUCACCUGCACAAAGCAGCCCUCGCUGGGCUGUGUGUAUAAGCUGGUGGAGGUGAGGGGGAGGCCCAGGAUGAAGAUCAGCGAGGACCCAAAGAAGAGCACUGUGCCUGGGAGGAAAAGCGUGUACAGGCUGGUUGACGCUGAGGGCCAUCCUUUUCUCGACCUGGUGUGUCUCGCUGUGGAGUCUCCUCCGGUGGCAGGAGUCUCUCUGAGCUGCUACCCUCUGGGAUCUAAUGACUCCCCUGCCUCAGUCACUCCAGCUCAGGUCACCUGUCUGCGCCAGGAAGUGUUUAUCAAAGGACAGGUCACACACCCUCUGUGCAGCGCUGCAGAAACUAGAGCAAAGGUCCAGAGCUCCCUGCAGACUGUGCACCCUCGACACAAGAGGCUGCAUGAGCCAGACUCUUACACAGUGGCGCUGUCAAAGAAACUCCAUCACCUGGUCACGGAGACUCAGAAAGGAAGCUCCAACAGCAGCAACUUUCUCUUAGCCAAUUAAAGCCAGGAUUAUCUUUAGUUUACAACUCUCCUGCUGUCAUCGACUACUCUUUUUUUUUUUGUUGUCUUUUUACUGACACGCUUUUCAAAAGUACCUCAUUGUGUAAUGAAACCUAACAGUGUUAACACUCUGCAGACACAGGAAUGUGACGCGGCCUGUGUGCCGUUCAAAGAUAAUGUCUAUAACAGUUAUUUUACGAGGAGUUUUGUACUCUGCGGGGACGGAUGGAAGUAAAUAAAACAGAGACAACAGAACGUCCGUCCAACUUUAACGUUUUUUUUUGUUUUUUUUCCUGCUGGAAACUCUGAUGGUUUCAACAAGAAACUGUAACGAUGAUGAUAAAGCGGCUGUGGAGCACAGUCACACACACUGUCUAUGUGGACAGAUCAAUGUGAACAUCUAAAUAAGCUAUUAAACAGCCCUGACCUU